AUGCCACAGCCCCUUCAUGGUAUUAUUAUCUACGGCCACCCGGAGGGUGAGCAUAUGAUUGUGCAUCUGGCCGAGGACGACGAUAAUGUCGACAUCCCGGUGAUACAUGUCGAACAUCUUGACGAUGAUCUUGGUGACAGAGAGAUUCAUGACAUUGUUAUUCUCGAGUUACCCUCUCUGGUUGUGUCUGUUGUUGAUAUUUCAUCUACAGCGUCUAGUGUUGCUCCCUCUACUCACACCCCUGCAUCAUCCCCUGAUACUGUACUACCCACCCAGACUGAUGUACCACCUAUCCCCACUACUGACCCCAUGCACCUACCAGGAUUCCCACACUCCAUGUAUCACCCACCUUAUUACCAGUCUGGACCGUCAUCAUAUCAGCCGCUGUCUAGUACACCCCAGGACCCCUAUGCUGCGGGACCAUCUCAGCCCGCCGGACUUGCCUCCGACUAUGCUAGAUUGUAUGCAGGGAUACCCCCACCGGGCAUGGACCCUGUGGACCCUUAUCAUCCUUCCCACUUUCCUCCGACAACCAUGGUGGAUAGGAUGAUAUCCCAUGACAUCCAGUUUACCAUACUCUUCCGUAGGGUUCGAGAGCUUGAUGCCCAGUUAGCUGCGGUCCUUGCCGCUAUCACACCACCACCACCUGCAUCACCACAGCCACCAUUACCAGUGUCACCCCCUCCAUCACCACCACCACUACCACAGUCACCACCCCCUCCAUCUCCGCACUAG